GUUACGACUUUAAAUCGAAUAUUCUCAAAUCGUUUCGAAAUUGUUUGGAAGCGGAUUGAUAUUGGGUUUACAUGUGAGGGGCGAGGCUGCGCGCGCACCUCUACGUUCUGUAGCGCUACGAGCGCCUCAGUCGCGUCUGAGCUACGUGAACUAUCGACUGCUACGCCGUAGUCCUACGACAACAAACUGUCAGUAUAUUCAUAUACCGUCAGAGUGAAUCAGUGACGUGAUCUCAUUGGAGUCGUGGGAAUUUAUUGAGAAGGAGGUCCAAGAUAAAUAACGCGGGGAUAGAAGCGACGUCACCACCAUGGCAUUCGCGGGGCUCAAGAAACAAAUCAACAAAGCUAAUCAGUAUGUCACGGAAAAAAUGGGAGGUGCCGAGGGCACAAAAUUGGAUUUGGACUUCGUGGAAAUGGAAAGAAAAACUGAUGUCACUUGCGAGCUGGUAGAAGAAUUACAAGCGAAGACAAAAGAGUUCCUGCAGCCGAACCCUACGGCACGAGCUAAGAUGGCAGCUGUGAAAGGCAUCAGCAAACUGAGCGGGCAGGCCAAGAGCAACACAUACCCUCAGCCAGAGGGCGUGCUUGGAGACUGCAUGCUGCUCUACGGCAAGAAGCUUGGAGAAGACACUGUCUUCUAUGGACACGCGAAUUGUCUUAUCGAGAUGGGCGAAGCUCUGAAGCAGAUGGCUGAUGUUAAAUAUUCUCUUGAUGACAACAUCAAGCAAAACUUCCUGGAACCUCUCCAUCACUUGCAGACUAAAGAUCUCAAGGAAGUCAUGCAUCACCGAAAGAAACUACAAGGCCGCCGGUUGGACUUCGACUGCAAACGGCGAAGACAAGCUAAAGGCCCCGGUAGGGCCAGCCCUUACAUGAGCCCAAGUCACAACACACCAAGACAGGACGACGAGAUCCGACAGGCCGAGGAGAAGUUCGCCGAAUCGCUGCAGCUUGCCCAAAUUGGCAUGUUCAACCUCCUUGAUAAUGAUGUUGAGCAGGUAGCGCAGCUGACUUAUUUCGCAGAGGGACUCCUGGAGUAUCACCAGCAAUGUACGGAAAUCCUGAAGGGACUCGUAUCUACGCUCAUGGAAAAGAAGGAGGAAGCGGUGAACCGUCCCAAGAUGGAGUUCGUACCGAAGACGCUAGCAGACCUGCACAUCGAGGGCAUCCACGACUUGAACAAUGGUAGGCGGUACGGUUCCACCCAAAGUUUGUCCCGCCCCCGCCAACACAUCCCCCCCUCGUCCUCUGUCGGCGACCUCAGCACUUCAGACCCCUUCAAGGCAUGGGAAGCACCCUCACCCAAUCGUACCCACGCCAGGCCAGCGCCAGGGUUCAAACCACACCCAGCGCCACGGAAUCAGUUCAAUGGAAGGGACCCCUGGACAGCAUCGCCGCUGCCGUCGCCGGUUAAGUCGCCCGCGCGGACCCCGGUGGCGCCCAACAAGACGCCCUGCUGCACCGCUCUCUAUGACUUCGAGCCGGAGAACCAGGGCGAGCUGGGAUUCAAGGAGAACGACGUGAUCACGCUGAUCAACAAGGUCGACGACAACUGGUUCGAGGGCUCCGUCAACGGCAAGACCGGGUACUUCCCGAUCAGCUACGUGCAGGUCACCGUGCCCCUACCCAACAUGUAAACCGGAAGCCCACGCCCACCACCAACGUAUUCAUUCAUUCCCUGCAGACGUAACAACUAACAACUACUUGACGCAUUCACAUGCAAUACUUAGAGAUAUUAUAGUUAAAAUCUGUGUGGAAUCUCAAAGUAGAUGACUCUCAAUGUCAAGUCGGUGCAACCUUUGUUGAGGUGUCACACACCUACUCAUUUGUUAUGACGUUACGUUACCCAGUAUUACGUAGAUUGAAACUAUUAUUGUGUCAAAAGCUCAAUGGCAAGCUAUUUAUACCCCCCUAUUAUACUGCAUAGUUUAAUGAAUUAUAUUAUUUUAUCGGUUCGAACUCGUCUUCCGAUAUAUUUUACUAUUUCGUCAUGGAUUACUCGUAGCAUAAUAUCUUUGAUUAACAAAUUUAUCGCCAUCAUAAAUACUCAAAAAUGUUAAUGAAAUAGAUGUUUUUAAUAUUUAAAAAAGUUUCAUAUCUAAUAGACUUUCUUAGGUAUUGAACUUUCUAUCUCAAAGAGUUAAUGCUACGAAUUAAAUUAUUUUUAUUGUACCUACCAACUGUUUGCAUUUAUUGCCAAAAUAAGUAAUUAUUUAAUUAUAAAAUUAUUGUAAUAGAAAUCAUUAUAAUCAUGUUGCCAUUUUACUUCAUGACGAUUUAUAUUAGUAAUGAGUUGGGAGUAAAUUGCCGUUUAUUUAUGUUUUUAAGUAUGUUUAGUUAUUAAAAUGACUUACGCCAAAUACCAACAUCGUAUGGAGUACCUUUGCUCAGUGGCAAAAGACGAGGAAUCAUAUUGAUUGAUAAUAACUAGAGUAUGAAGUGUCGUCCACAUUCUUAGAGACGCGCAGUGAUUAUUUCUCAGCGGCCAUCGGAUGCCGGUAGACCAGUGUAAACAUUCCAAAUACAUGCAGCUUCACUUGGUCGAUGUGGACGAAAGAGAUUGGUAAUUUUAAGCAAAGUGAUAGGUCAAUGUCAAUCGCAAUACAUUAUUGCUGGAGGCUCUGCGCGAAGCAGCAAACAUUCUGUAAAGUGAUAUUUUUAAACUAACAUUUUGUAUAUUAGUUUAAUAUCGUGCAUCUAUUUUUGUAGGCGCGUUAUCCUUUGUAUAGUAUUCUCCCUUGACGUACGUUUAUUUUAUUAUUAUUAUUUGUACCGUACAUGAAAGGCACAGGAACGAUAUAUUAGGAUUAUAUAAUACUAGUUAACACUUGCGGUUAGAUUUUAUAGUUGAAUGUUUGCGGGUAAUUAUUUAACUUAAUGGAGAAAGUAUACAAUAUAACGUAUAUUAUACAAUUAGUAUGAAAAAUAAGGGAUGGAGUUAUAAGAGUUGUUGAAUUAUUGCCAGGAAUCUAUGGCGUUUGAUGUUUGAUGUAUUAUUGGCAUGCUAUAAUAAAACAUAUUAUAACGUAAUUGUGAUAACUAUAGUUGUCAAGCUGUUGGUGCGGUGUCCUACCAUGUUUUUUAUUAUUAUUUACUUUGUUUAUAGUUCGAUCAUCCUGCCCCUAUUCGUUUAACAUUUUCCGACAUUGCGCAUAAUAACUCCCUUAGUCAUUACAUUACCUAAGCAACUUAUUUUAACUAUAUUUUAAUGUGUAUGAUUGAUACCAAAAAUAUCGAAAUUAGUAAUUGUACAUGGCCUCUAUUCAAUAGUAAUGUUAAAUGUACUUUAAUUCAUUGCACUUGUGAACUAAGAUCUUAAAUCGUCAUAUUCACUUUGUCCAAUAUUGAUGUUUGCAGUAAUAUUGAACAUAAGUAAUUAUUAAAUUCAUGUAUCAUUGUCGUAAACGGACCCCAUUGUAUCACUUUUCUGGCAUACAAAAGACAAUACCUAGAUCUAAUGUUAGUUGUAUGUAAGUUCAUAAAUAAUUGUUCUAUCUUCAAGUGUCUCUUAAUAUAAGUAUUUUGAGUAUAUAAUAUAUUCAUCAAUGUUACGGGGAUGUCAUGUUUCGAUGUUUAAUGUGAGUUAUGGCGAUGUGGACGGCGUCUAAAGGCGCGUCCGCAAUCAUGUACCAUAUCGCUAUACUUUUCAAUAUACAAAACGUUUAAUCGAAUGCUGAACGAUCUUAACACUAUCCUACAGAAAGGAAUUAGACUGUUGUUGUUUUAAAUGUGUAAAAAUUCUAAUAGCUUGAAAAAUGUGUGAGUGGUUGUAAUGAGAGAUUUGAACAUUCCGUAUUCGACAAACGAGCGUUAUUUCAAAUGGGUAUGACGUUAUUUAACUGUUUCAUAAAGAAUUUGACUUAUAAUUAAGUACGAAUUAACAUUUAGAGCAUGCAGAAGACUAAUAUCGCCAUUUACCGCAGAUAAAUGUCUUAUUUGGCAAAUGUCGAUUAAUGUAUAAAUCUAUUUUAUCCCAGUUACUCAUGCCCAGGAGUAAGGCUCGUUUGCCGAAGACAUAUUUUGUAGAGUUGCCCUAUACUGUGUUGCUUCACUUGUUACGUAUGUCGAAUCAUUGUUUGAGAUGGUAAUGCUACUUGUACAAUAUUUCCUUUAUAGAUAAGCAUAUAAAUACGUAUAAAUGAAUAGUAAAUUGUCGAGUUUCCUCUGAAGAGUAUAUUAUCUUUAUUGUGGUGUUUCCGCGAUUAUUUUUUAAGUCGACAAGUAACAUUACCUUGGCGGUGAUUUGUUAGCAUACCAAAGUAUAAUAUUACGUGUCAAGUAUCACUAUCAUUAUAUUCGCUCCAAAAUAUUUUGCUGUUGAUGCGACUUAUGUCUGAUAUGGUGUACUAUUCUUGUUCAUGUUACUGUAAUCUUAAAAUACUGUAAUUUCAUAGAUUUAAACUUGACGAUUUACGAGAUGUAAUGCAAAUAUUAUUGAUUUGUAUUAAAAUUUAUCCCGAAACUUAUUGCUCGUUUUCGCCUCCUAAUAAAAUGUUAACAAUUAAACACUUAA